CUUUUGUAGUUUACACAUGCAUUUAACCAUCUUUGAUUUGUUUUCAUAAGGAUUAUGUGGAGCCGACAAUUUAGCUUUACAAAAGACAUGUGGACAAAGUUCGGUAAAUGGCUUAUUUAGCUGUGAAAAAGCACUUGACGGGAUUAAAGAUAAUUUUAUGCACACAAAAGAUGGAUACAAGAAUGGUGAUUACUACGGCGAAGCUUAUCCGUAUUGGUGGGUGGAUUUGGGUACCAACUGCAAAGUCAAACGAAUUAAAAUAUACAACAGAACAUCAACUUGUUGUGGUGAAAGACUUCAUGACUUGAAAAUUACCAUAGGAAAGAGAUUGUCGAACAUGAAGUUGUGUGCUCGUUUUAAAGGACCAGCUGUACCAGGACAGGUUUUAGACAUGAACUGCAAGAUACCAACAGAAGCACGAUACGUCAAGCUGAUGAUUAUGGACAGGAGUUUGUAUAAUUGGCUUCAUGUUGCGGAAGUUGAAGUUUUUGCUUAGUAAAAUUAAAAAUAUAAU